AUGCAUGUCUUGCACAGUACUGCACAGGCCUACUACAAGGAGUUGGUUGGAGCUACUAAUCAAUUUCUGAAAGAAAAGCAUACUAAAAAAGCACCUCGCUGUGGCACCCUUACGACGCUUAACUGCCAUGCCGCCGGAAGGAAGCAUGAGGGCCGGGAUACUGCCCCGUUGCCCAAGCCUAGACAGGGGAAGUCGAGAGGUAGAGGUCAAGUUCGAGCCACGCACUCAGUAAAUUGCGCUUUAACCACUUGA